AUGCCGACAAAUAAGAACGUAAAAGCCCCGGUCCAGAGAAGCUUUAGCCAUCAAGUUGAUAACGCUAGCGGGGCUAAUGCUAAAGACGGCGAGCUAACAGGUGGCGCUGACCUGGCAGCGGCGGUGGCAGCGGAGACUACGGCCAAAGUUGCAGCCAUCAUGGAAGAGAAGAUGUCUAUGUUUUCCAACAAACUGGAUAUCAUUACGGCCAAGCUGGAAAGCGAAUCACAGCGUAUUGAGGAGGUGGAAAAUCGCGUUUCCAGCGCCGAAGACAUCAUUGCUGAUUUGGAGAGCAGACUAGCAGAUACGGAAAAUAAACUCGCAGCCCUCGCUAACCGCAUGGAUGACCAGGAGGCAAGAUCCCGGAGGGAUAACAUCAGGAUUUUCGGUGUCAAAGAAGGGAUUGAAGGAAGCAACGCACUGAACUUUUUUGAAACAUGGCUGCCCAAACUUCUUAGCAUGGAAACAAAGAAAGGCCGGAUCCGACUGGACAGAUGCCAUAGAGGUCUCGGUCGACCUAAACCGGGGGUGCCCCGCGUAGUCGUCAUGAAGCUUCAUUACCCGGCGGAUAAGAUGAAGAUACUAGCGGUUGGUGCGAAACAGAAGCUGGAAUACGAAGGGUCCAGGAUCUCCAUUCGCCAAGACAUCCCGCAAAAUGUCCUGCAGCAACGGAGGAGAUUUAAUGAGGUGUGCCAAAAGCUGAUCUCCAAGCAUAUCAGGUUCAGGAUGCAGUACCCGGCGACCCUCCGCUUCACUUACAACGGCAAGGAUUUCUCCUUCGACACAGCUGAGGAGGCUGCCCACAUUAUCGGGGCAAUGGAUGCAGCCCCGUGA